AUCCCUGCCUUCACGUUUCAUUUGGAUGUUUGGUAGAUGCUCUCAUGCAACACUGGCUCGAACAGGCAUGAGAAAAUAUCUCCUCAGGUCAAAUACUUUGCCUUGCUCAACGGACCAGUCAAAUCGAGCUACAUCUCUUAAUCAUGGCAGCGUUGCAUUCGUUAUUGACAUAGGAUAUAUGAAGCUCUAUUUUAAACUUAUCAGACGUCGCCAGUGUACAGCGAGACCAAGUACUGUAUGUCUGGGUGGGCGCUGAAUUUUCACGUUUUUCUCGUUGCUUUGGUGUUGACCUUUGUGGCCAUCCACCAGUGCAUCUGUGAUUCUCUGGCACCGCAUGGGUGAUAAUAUUUGAAUGACUAUAUUUAGCAGUGCUAAUGGAUAAAGAGCCAAUUGCAAUUGAACCCUUGCAGGAUACCAUUCUCACUCACAUCCCCACCAUGACUAGCAGUACUCAUAUCUCUCCACUAGGACCUGUAGAUCCUGCUUCGAUCCCUGACGCAGAAAAUGAAAAAUCCGCACCAUGGAUAGUCCGAAAACUCGUCGGUUCCAUGACUGGACGAAUUGUUAUGUCGUCCUGGGAAACACUCCGAGCGUCUGGAACCAGUGUAGUCUGUCUCUCACCUUGGGGAGAUUCAUCGCCUCUUCUCUUGCCAUGCAUUCGUUUCAGGGACCUAGCGGUCCAUACUGUCAUCGCCGCCACCGGUGGGAUGGCAGCGGUCGCUUCGCCAGUAAUGGGACCGGUAUCGGACGCGAUCGUCACGUCAUUUGGUGAUACCCUCUUGGUGAAGAUAGGCAUGUAUGUCGGAUUCGAUCUGGCCACGAAAGUUGCCAACGAUCUCGUGUUUGACAAGCCGCUUAAUGCCAUGAUCCCGAUACACUCGAAACGACUAGAGACCACCAGCGUUAAGACUAUGCUUAUCACGUUGAAAUAUAAGCAUAUUCUUGAGGACGCGUCUUUGGGAUUCUUCAGGAGUAGUAUUCAUACGGACGUUUCAUUGAUUUCCGAUGUUCUCGAUUACUUUUCGACCGAGAAGGGCUGGUUCUCGCCAUAUCUUUUCGCCAGUGGUCGAAGGCCGAUUAUACCUCGCACAAUGAAGCCUGAUAUUGUCUUCUGCCACGGGCCAUUCCUUGAAGGCGACUACCGCGUCGGACAAACGCUACUGAAUGAAUCUGCAUCAGUUAUCGAGCUUUGUGCCGCCCCACCUCCCGAAGAGCCCGAAACCUUGUCUUCGUCAUUUAAUCUCUCUCUGCCCACAAAGGCCGAUUUACCCAAUCUUUCUAGCAUAUUUUCUCGCUCAAGAACACCCUCACCUGAGCCUUCACUCACACCUCUCCCGAUCCCGCCAACACCGAGACGACUCGUGUUAGUGGUCGUGGGUCUUAAGCCUCAUAGGGCGGGGCUUUGGACAACAAGCGCAAGGCCGGCUGAAAGUGUGAUGCACUAUCAGUUGUUGAAUGGGUGUCCAGCUGUAGUUGUUCCCGUGAAGGUCGGCGCACCUUUACUCGCGUGGGACACACUUACGCUAGAGGAAUUGUGGAAGAUACCUCUGCCUCUCGAAGGAGAAUCCGCAGCUGGAACUCAAUUUGAAGGCAUCGUAACCGUCUUUUAUGAGUUUCUAGACUUGUGCGUGGAUUGGGACAGAGUCACCUUGUCAAAUUUGAAUCAGGAAGAAGGGUCUGAAGAAGCUGCUGCAAAGACACACGUUGGCGAAGGGGAGGAGGAUGGGUUACAUGUCAAGAAAAAGAUACUCAGGGAUACACUUGAUGCCCUGGUUGCAAGCGCAAUUAGGAGUGGGGAAAGUAAGCAGGCGAAGGAUGAAAUAGAUGAGACACGGGGCGGCAUAGCAAUGUGGAGAAUACCCUGAGCGAGGAAGCAAAUUGGGGCUAUCAUGAAGAUAAAGAGCUCCAUAACGAAAACAAAAACAAGCGAAUAUUUGCUCACCUGUCGAGCGAAGUUAAAGACCUAUGUCACGUACACGUGAUUGUGACACAACGCGUCUACAUUAAGCAUUGUGAACUUGUGCAAAUUGAAAAGUUGAAGCUUUGAAGGCUUGCCAAUGAGGAAUGGCUCGAACGAACUGCAAUACAAUCGUGCGACUGUCGCAGAAACCGUUCAAAGGAUUAGCGCAUCAACAGAAAAUGAGGCCGAACUUGUCCAAAGCAUCAUACUGGUAACAAUCGCAGAUGGAAUACCGUCAGCUGUCCUACAUCGAAGUGAAAAUUGCAUACCUGACCCAUCUUCGGUCCCUACAUUCUAUUCCGAGUCUAAAGAGGACUAGCCGUGAUCUCAGAGCGAAUGAGAAUAGACUACCAGGGGUGGGAACUUGCUAACAGCAAAGCACUUGGCCUAUCCUUGCUCCAAAAAGUGUGGUCGUUAGAGGAAAUAUG